AUGGCUGCCAUCAACAAGAUCGCCCCCAACUCGCCGUCCCGGCAGAACCCCUCCGAGCUGGAGACCGCGAUCGCCGGCGCUCUCUUCGACCUCGAGAGCAACACACAGGACCUGAAGGCCAGCCUUCGUCCCCUGCAGUUCGUCUCUGCCCGCGAGGUUGAGGUCGGCCACGGCAAGAAGGCCAUCAUUGUCUUCGUCCCCGUCCCCCUCCUGACCAACUUCCACAAGAUCCAGCAGCGUCUCACCCGCGAGCUCGAGAAGAAGUUCUCCGACCGCCACGUUCUCUUCGUGGCCCAGCGCCGCAUCCUGCCCCGCCCCAAGCGCUCCGCCAACUCGCGCACCACCCAGACCCAGAAGCGCCCCCGCUCGCGCACUCUGACCGCUGUCCACGACUCCAUCCUCUCCGACCUCGUCUACCCCGUCGAGAUUGUCGGCAAGCGCACCCGCACCAAGGAGGACGGCUCCAAGACCCUCAAGGUCAUCCUCGACGAGAAGGAGCGUGGUGGUGUCGACCACCGCCUCGAUGCCUACGGCGAGGUCUACCGCCGCCUCACCGGCCGCUCCGUUGCCUUCGAGUUCCCCCAGAGCGGCGCUGAGCUCUAA